GUAAAAGAAUGGUCUGUUUAGAAUCUGACCCAGACUAGGGCUAGUUACGUAAAAAUGGGGGCGACCCGGGUACCAGCUGGUGGCGGGGCAGCCAUGGCUUGGGGCUUAGUGAGCGGGGUGGAAGCACUGCUGGUGCGGAGCGGCACAUUCAUAUGGCAGAUCGUUUUGUGGAUAAUUCAGAGGUGUUACCUGCAAAGGAUGAGGUCAUGUCAGCAGUGCCUACAAACCUGCUUCUACCUGGGCAACGUCUAUCAGAUGACAGAGGGACGACUCUGCCAGGUGCAACUCCUGGACGACAGGAAGCUGGAACUUUUGGUUCAGCCAAAGCUAUUGUCUCGUGAACUCUUGGAUUUGGUAUCAUCCCAUUUUAACCUUAAAGAGAAGGAGUACUUUGGCUUCACAUAUGUGGAUGACACUGGUCAGUGCAAAUGGCUGCAGCUGGACCGCAAAGUCCUGGAACACGACUUCUCCAAGAAAUCAGGACCCAUCGCUCUACAGUUCCUGGUGAGGUUUUAUAUUGAGAGCAUUUCGCUCCUGAAGGAGCACACAACAGUGGAGUUAUUUUUUCUGAAUGCAAAGUCCGCUGUUUAUAGCGGUGAUAUAGAGGUGGAGAGUGAGCUGGUUUUUAAAUUAGCUGCUCAUGCAUUGCAGGAGUCUAAAGGAGACUAUACAAGUGAUGAAAACACCAGAGCAGACCUGAAGAAACUUCCAACACUGCCUACUAAAGUACUGCAAGAGCAUCCAUCGCUAGCAUACUGCGAGGAGCGAGUGAUUGAGCACUACAAGCUGUUGAAAGGGCUCUCCCGAGGCAAGGCCAUUGUGCAGUAUUUGACCCUUGUAGAGUCCUUGCCCACAUAUGGAGUGCAUUAUUAUGAAGUAAAGGAUAAGCAAGGUAUUCCAUGGUGGCUGGGGAUCAGUUAUAAAGGCAUUGGGCAAUAUGACCACCAAGACAAAGUAAAACCUCGAAAGCUCUUCCAGUGGAAGCAGUUGGAGAACUUGUACUUCAGAGAGAAGAAGUUUGCAGUGGAGGUGAAUGACCCGCACAGACGAACAGUGACAAAACGCACUUUUGGCCAGACGGGGUUGGUGAUCCACACCUGGUAUGCCAGUCAUUCGUUGAUCAAAACCAUCUGGAUCAUGGCCAUCAGCCAACACCAGUUCUACCUGAACAGAAAACAGAGCAAGGCAAAAAUCACCACAGCCAGAAGUUUAGGAGACAUCGCAUCUGACCUGACAGAGAACGGAGCGUCAAAAAUGAACAAACUGAGUGCAGGAGUGAAGAAUCAGCUCAUCAUGGCCAGUAAUGGGAGCCUUGUGUCAACAGGUUCGGCUGACUCGGAAAUGAAUGACGACCAGAAAAAAGAGAAACUGGCAGAGCUAAGAAAGAAGGAGCGGGAUAUCCAGGAUAUUCUCAGCCAAAAACUGACUGAACUGAAGGAAAUAUGCCUGAGAGAGGCUGAACUUACUGGCAAACUCCCAAAAGAGUAUCCUCUCAUUAAGGGCGAGACCCCUCCUCGGCUCCGGAGGAGAGUUGGGACCGCUUUCAAACUGGAUGACCUUUUCCCAUAUAAUGAGGAUCCGUACCUCAGGAACCUGGAGAGCCGCUUUGCGCUGCAGCAGAAGAUUGUGGAGGCGGCGAAGAAGCUGGCAGCUGAUCCUGACAUCUCUAAAUUAGUGAGGAAGAAGAGGAGGAGAAACUGUCUGGAUGCCAUGCAGAAGCUGCAAGAGAUUGAAGAUGAGAUGAACCAGUACAGACUGAAGAAAGGACAAAAACCCACACAGAGAGCUUCAUUACUCAUAUCAGAUGAAUUGGCUCCGUCCGACUGCAGCUCACUCUGUAAUAGUCUUGUGCUUGAUGAUGAGGUUGAUGGUGGCCAGAGACCACGUUCUCGCUCGGUCCAGUGCUCCCCGUGUCUUGUUCCUCCUCUGUCUUCUUCUGGUUUGGAGUUUGACCCAGUGAGACGAUCCUCAGCCAGUGUCACACACCUAGACAGCAGAUUAGAUCAUGAGGGUCAGGGGUCAGGACAGUACUACACUCCUCGAGAGGUGUUUUCUGCACAAAGCAGUCCAUGUAAAACCUUAACAGGAAUGCAGAGGAAUCCCCUCAGUUUACCCCAAACCCCUGUCAUGCCCCGUAAUGCCUACAGCAGCAGCCAACUCAGGUCAGAAAGUCACAUCCGAGGUUUCCGGCACCGCAGCGGGAGUUUAGAAUCUCAGUCGCAACUUCUCCACUCUCACUGUCCAAACAAGUCUGUCUUCCCGCUGUCUCCUUCUCGCCGUAGCAACAGCACUGAGGUGCUGGAUGGCUGCUCAUCCUAUACCAGCAUGUCAAGUAUGGACUACUGUCCCCCACGUUCGGCCACACCCCCCUACCGCACACUGGACUCGCCCCACGACUAUCGCCUCAAUCGCAAAGUGGAGAUCUAUGGCAACACAGGCAGUAUGCCCAACCUGGUCCCUCAAAACUCCAGUUGUUAUGGCUACCAGCAGAAUCACUACGGCCCGAAUGCGUACUACGUUACAGGAUAUCCCGCGUUUGACUAUGAGCCUUGUUCGAACGGAGCUUACGUUUACGAGAGUGAACUUGAGGGUCAUUAUAAUAUCAAUCCCUCUUAUCCAGCGCAUGGUUACCAUGGGCGUAGCCGGAAUAGACAUUAUGGGAUGGAGGGGUCAGAUAAUUUGUCGCAGAACCCUUACGCAACAGUAAGGCCUCCAAGAGGAAGGCAGGGACCCUUGAAUGAUGUGCUAACGAAGAACAUGUAUAAGGCUUUGGUGGCAGAGCACCUAAAGGGAUGGUACAAUCGUAGCGCUGGGAACAGGGACCCAGGUGGAUAUCAGCUGGUUUAUACCUACAAAUAUGACCGAGGUUCACAGCACAGCCUGGGCUACCAGACCCUCCCCGCACCCUUCAGCCAUUCCAGCAGAACCAACUCAUUCUCAUCAGACUCGAAACUCAUGCAGGUUGCCAGGUUGAGGACACGCAACAGGAACGAGCAAACUGACAAUGGCAAGCGACGAGCCUUACACUUGUCAUCUACUGCCAGUGGAGGGGGAAAUUGGCAGAAUAAUUUAGCCGUGGGCCUGACUGAUGGUGAAAUACCAGACGCUCCCUUGAGUGAAGGGGCCUACAGUCCUUCAUACAGCUGCGGUUCUUCACACGACAGGUUCCCGGCAGAAUGUGCAUCUCCACACACAUCAGAGACUGUAGAAGUGUUUGGUGCUGUGGCCGGCUGUUCAGAUGCAGACCACUGAAAACAGCAGAUGAGGACAGAGCAUACGUUGAUACCGGCUGCUGUAUUUCCCAGCUUCUGGAGGACCAGAAAACACAUUGGCACAACAGGAAGUACAGUAGAAAGGAAACAGAAGCACCUCACAGAUGAAUGUGGACACCAUGGACCUAAAUUCUCUCGUGCCUUGGAAUGUGAUCUUUCAGUUCCAGAGUGACAGGAGAAGAGCUGUGGCCAUGUUGGUGGGGCCAUUUGGCAAAUGUCGACUUGGCAAAUGUCGGCAUCAGUGUUUAUAUUCAGUACUGUAGCACAGAUAAAUAAACCAACUAAACAAGAAAUGCACACGUAAAUAUAGUGAAUGUCAUUUCAAACAGGAUUUUGAGAGAAGGUAAAUAAAACUAGCCAUAUCACGUUAUCUUUCUGACAUUUUUUACUCCGUUAGACACAUUAUUACUGGAUAGUCCAUUCAUUUAACAUUCUUAUUUCAUAUAUUGUGUUUUCACUGUAAUGUUCCACUGCCGUCUUCUAUUCUGAAAACAGUGACAGAUUUGAACGCAAAUAAAUAAUGAAAUCUCAAACCAUUACAACAACAAAAUAAUGUAAAUAUUGUUAUGGAUGUUUUUGUAAUGUAAUUUAUUGAAUUGUCAAUGGCAUAAGAAUGCACUUUCUUCAAGUGAUCAUGUCUGAUUAUGGACCAUUAGACGGAAGUGAGUUUUUCGCUCUCUUUAUAUUGAUGUAGAUACUUUUCCUCGCACAACUUCUGUGCAUUACAAUAGCAACACUUGAUUGAAGAGAAUUCAAUGAAAAAAUAAUCAAAUUGGGGAAUUUUCGUCCAAUUUGGAGCUCGACCAUACUGCUGAUACAAGACCAGAAAAAAUCAGGAUGCUUGUUCUAUCAGAAAAGACUCAGGAUUAUUGGGAUUAAUAGGAACGUAGAAAUACUUGUAUCAUUUUUCGUAAGUCCCGUCCUAUGGUUCAGAGCUCGGAUACUUGCUUGAACCGUCAGAUCCUGCCAGAAGGCUAUGGCGUCAUGGGAGUGGAGCUUACCCCUGCCCAGGACGGGACCUAAACUGGUGGUGAUGGGGUGGAGGGGGGUGAAAACAACAGAAGUAUGCAAACAAUGAGAGACAGCUGAGUGGGCUUAUAAAACAGAGGCUGUAUUGUGAUUGGAUGAGAUGCCUGAUAGAAUGAAUCCCGAGCUCUUCCUGCUAGAACUACGCUUGCGCUUAUAUUUCUGCUUCGAGUAAGAAAAAAGAUGUCAGCCCAACAUUUUUGAGUGUGUUUUACUGGUGAAUGCGGGAAGAAUGUCAUCAAAAUUAUUAAAGGAAUAAUUCACCCAGAAAUAAAAAUAUAACUUUUAUAACUUUUUUAUUAACUUUCUUUUUAUGGAAAAAAGCGGCCAGGACAUUCUUCAAAACAUCUCCUUUAGUGUUCCAGGGAAUAAAGAAAUUCAUAGGGAAUGGAUUGACAUUAGGUUGAGUAAAUAAUGUCAUAUAUUAAUGUUUUGGGUGAACUAUCCCUUUAAGUCAACAAAAUCGCCAUGUGCCAUGCUGGAGUACACAAAUGUUCAUUCUCUUCCUGUCGAUCUCCUUUAAAUGUGUCAGUCUGAUUGUACAGAUUGUAGUUGUAUUUUCCUGUAUUGUCUGUUUAUGUGGCUUAGGAGCAUGUGAUGUAAAAGCACACGUUUAGAAUAAUGUUUGGUGUUUUUUAAAGUGACCUUUGACAACAGUUAUACGUUUCAUCACAUACCAUUAACUGUGUUCAUUUCCAUACCUAAACAAGUAGUCUUUCCUUUUCCAAAAGGAUGUGAAUAAAAAUGAAGUGUGUAUGCA